AUGGUGGGCCUCACGGGAGCGCGCUCGGCGGCUGAUGAGAGCCUGCUGGAGGCCAUAUUCCGCGCGAAUCCGCACGGCGGCAAGCUGCAGGUGCUCGAUGCCCGCCCCAAGGUCAACGCCGUGGCCAACACGGCGGCGGGAGCCGGCUACGAAACGCCCAAGCAGUACCCGUUCAUCACCCCGCCGCAGUUCCUGGGCCUCCCCAACAUCCACACCGCCCGCGACGCCUACAAGAAGCUCCGCACGCUCUGCCAGCGGCCGGACGACCCCAAGUGGGCCGUCAACCUGGAAGCCACCGGAUGGCUCGAGUGGGUGCGUCUCCUGCUGCAGUCGUCGGCCUACAUGACGGAGCUGAUCGACAAGCAAAGCGCGUCCAUCCUCGACGGAUGGGACCGAACGAGCCAGUUGGUGAGCCUGUCGAUGAUGCUGCUCAAUGAGAACUAUCGCACCCUGCGGGGAUUCAUGGCGCUGCUGGACAAGGAGUGGAUCAAUUUCGGGCACAAGUUCGGGGAGCGCACGGGCCACGGCCAUCCCAACUACGCACACGACCAACGAGGGCCCAUAUUCCUGCAGUUCAUCGAUGCGUGCAUCCAGCUCCUGCAGCAGUUCCCGGCGUCGUUCCAGUUCAAUUCGAACCUCCUGAUCUUCCUCCUUGAUGCGCUCUACAGCUGCCAGUUUGGCAACUUCCUGUGCGACAACGAGAAGGAGCGGGAAGAGGCGUCCGUGCAGCAGGAGACGACGUCGAUCUGGACCUACGUCAUGCUCAACCAGUCCGAGUUCACCAACGUCUUCUACCGGCCCAACCCCCACGUCCUCGUGCCCAACUGCUCGCGGGCCCGCAUGAUCUUCUGGGCCGAGUACUACCUGCGCUGGAGCCCGGCCCGUCCGCAGUACCUCGUCGAGCAGCAGCACUACGUGCCCGCUGGUGAGGCCUACCAGCUCUUCGCCAGCGAGGACUGCUCGGCCAGCUCGCAAGAAACGACAGAACCACGCCGACCAGCAACUACUGCGGAGGACGCGGCACCGUUGACGAGCGCCACCUCUGCGCAGCCCCCACUCCACCAAAACGAAACGCCCUGA